AUGUUACCGCCCGAGCAGUUCCAUAUCAAGCGUCGACGAGAAGAGGAGCCGGUAGAAACGCUCUACAUCCAGUCUGAGCUGCACCAAAAGAAACGGCGCUUUACAGACUUUAUUUUCCAGAGGGUGAAAAUCCCGAGUGGCACCACCACUCCCAGGAAUGAUGACUCUUCUUCUAUCCCCUCGUCAUCGCCUGCGGCUGCUCUGGCCCUGCAGGACCGUCUCCGCAGUCCCAGGUCUGUGAGCACAUCGGGCUUUGCGAGCGACAACAAAGUGCGCCGUCAGCCUGCAGCCAGACCAACAACAACAACAACAACAACAACAGUAGGAACGAACGGCAUUCCCACUGUUAGAACAACGUCUCCAGGCGCAGAGUUUCGUGAUGAAAGUAUUCGCACCGAGACUCGACGCCGCGAACUCGAGGCUAAACGCAAACGACUCCAAGAGCCUUUGGGUCAGUUUUUGCCGAAAUCAGAGGAGACUGAAGUUCCAUUGCAGACUAGUGAUGAUGAUGCGCGUGUCACUCCUGCUUCGUCUAUUUCAGAGGAAAAGGAGAGCAGCGGCGGCCGCACGCGUCCACUCAGUGCUACUCCCUCUGCAUUUCCAACCUCUCUCCGGCGUUUCCAUAUUGCGCGGCCAAGCACGUCCAUGGAUUCUCUUAAGGGAGCUGCUGGAGGCGGAGUGUCGAAGAAAGGCAGCACGCCAAACCGGGCUCGAGCGAUUCUGGUCGAGAAACUUACUCGAUCACCUUCGCUAAGAGGUGCAUCAGUGUUGCAGACACUGGAGAAGAAAGCAGAUGGCCAUGUGGAGUUGGACACGGUGGCCCAGUCUCAGGUUGCCGCUGCUCAACCUAAGGCAGCUCAGCAGUCUAACUCCCAACUUCCAGAAACCAAAUCUGGGCCUUCAACAAGAAAGCGACCCGUCGUUAACCAAGCCGAGAAAAAUUGGAGAGCACAGCAUCAACCCGCUAUCUCGGCAGCCAAAGAACACUUGACGACCAAAUACGAACAAACUGCAGAUGAUUUAGACAGGCUAGCCGCAGAUCUAGAACAGGUGAUGCUAGAUAUAGAAUCAGAGGAAAACCAAAUGGACGGUCUUGUUCACAAAUCACCAUCAACUACCGCAAAUGCACAUGUGUCUAUUGCACCGAAGCCAAAAACACCCUUGAAAUAUCAGCCCCGUCAUCCAGCUCCUCGAAAAACAGCCGCACUCUCAGCAUAUGUCACAAACGAGGAGGAAUACGCCUUAGAAGACAAGACUAUGCACGAAGCAGAUAGUGACGGCGAGUACGUGUACGACACCUAUAUCCGCAUCCCGUUACACACGGCGCCUCAGCUACCACAACAAAAGCUACAAUCAGACAUAACCGGAUACACAGAUCCACUAGCCGAAGCCAAUGCAGCAAACGGCAUCAGCACCAUUGGCCCAACACGCACAGACAUUGGCGUCGUCGUAAUCACUUCCGAUGACGAGGAGAUCUGGGAUCAAUACUUGGAAGACGACCAAGACUCCGAGGUCGACUGGGAUGGCGACGAUGUAGAUUCGAACGCGGAAGACAAUCCCGCAAACGACUACCCCGACGAAGAGCUUUCGUCUGCAGAUGAAUACGACGAUAAACCAAGUAUAUAUCGUCGGUAUCGGUCAACGGCGUCUGAUGACGAGGAGUAUGACAUUAAUGAGUUUGAUGAAGAGGGGGGAUUUGAUGAUGACUAUAAAAAGUAUAUGUAUGAUUAUGUUGGAGAUGACGACGACGAUGAAGAUUAUUAA